AUGCGGGGCUCGGGGCCCCGGGGUGCGGGACGCCGGCGGCCCUCGGGCGGCGGCGGCGACCUACCCAGCACCCCCGCGUCUCUGGCCGGCUGCUACUCCGCACCUCGCAGGGCCCCCCUCUGGACUUGCCUUCUCCUGUGCGCCGCGCUCCGGACCCUCCUGGCCAGCCCCAGCAACGAAGUGAAUUUGUUGGAUUCACGGACUGUCAUGGGGGACUUGGGAUGGAUUGCUUUUCCAAAAAAUGGGUGGGAAGAGAUUGGUGAAGUUGAUGAAAAUUAUACCCCUAUCCACACAUACCAAGUAUGCAAAGUUAUGGAACAGAAUCAAAAUAACUGGCUUUUGACCAGUUGGAUCUCCAACGAAGGUGCUUCCAGAAUCUUCAUAGAACUCAAGUUUACUCUGCGGGACUGCAACAGUCUUCCUGGAGGGCUGGGGACCUGUAAGGAAACUUUUAACAUGUAUUACUUUGAGUCAGAUGAGAAUGGGAGAAACAUCAAGGAAAACCAGUACAUCAAAAUUGAUACCAUUGCUGCCGAUGAAAGCUUUACAGAACUUGAUCUUGGUGACCGUGUCAUGAAACUGAAUACAGAGGUCAGAGAUGUAGGACCUCUAAGCAAAAAGGGAUUUUAUCUCGCUUUUCAAGAUGUGGGUGCUUGCAUUGCUCUCGUUUCCGUUCGUGUAUACUAUAAAAAAUGCCCUUCUGUGGUACGACACUUGGCUGUCUUCCCUGACACAAUCACUGGAGCUGAUUCUUCACAGUUGCUUGAAGUGUCGGGCUCCUGUGUCAACCAUUCUGUGACAGAUGAACCACCCAAAAUGCACUGCAGCGCUGAAGGGGAGUGGCUCGUGCCCAUCGGGAAAUGCAUGUGCAAGGCAGGAUAUGAAGAGAAAAACGGCACCUGUCAAGUGUGCAGACCUGGGUUCUUCAAAGCCUCACCUCACAGCCAGAGCUGCAGCAAAUGUCCACCUCACAGUUAUACCCAUGAGGAAGCUUCAACCUCUUGUGUCUGUGAAAAGGAUUAUUUCAGGAGGGAGUCUGAUCCACCCACAAUGGGAUGCACAAGACCCCCCUCAGCUCCUCGGAAUGCCAUCUCAAAUGUUAAUGAAACUAGUGUCUUUCUGGAAUGGAUUCCUCCUGCUGACACUGGUGGAAGGACAGAUGUGUCAUAUUAUAUUGCAUGCAAGAAGUGCAACUCACAUGCAGGUGUGUGUGACGAGUGUGGCGGUCAUGUCAGGUACCUCCCCCAGCAAAUCGGCCUGAAAAACACCUCUGUCAUGAUGGUGGAUCUGCUUGCUCACACAAACUAUACCUUUGAGAUUGAGGCAGUGAAUGGAGUGUCCGACUUGAGCCCAGGAGCCCGGCAGUAUGUGUCUGUAAAUGUAACCACAAAUCAAGCAGCUCCCUCUCCAGUCACCAAUGUGAAAAAGGGGAAAAUUGCAAAAAACAGCAUCUCUUUGUCUUGGCAAGAGCCAGAUCGCCCCAAUGGAAUCAUCCUGGAGUAUGAAAUCAAAUAUUUUGAAAAGGACCAAGAGACCAGCUAUACAAUUAUCAAAUCUAAAGAGACAACUAUAACUGCAGAGGGCUUGAAACCAGCUUCAGUAUAUGUCUUCCAAAUUCGAGCACGCACAGCAGCAGGCUAUGGUGUCUUCAGUCGAAGAUUUGAGUUUGAAACCGUCCCAGUGUCAGUUGCAGCAUCCAGCGAUCAAAGCCAGAUUCCUAUAAUUGCUGUGUCUGUGACAGUGGGAGUCAUUUUGUUGGCAGUGGUUAUCGGCUUCCUCCUCAGUGGAAGUUGCUGCGAUUGUGGCUGUGGAAGGGCUUCUUCCCUGUGCGCUGUUGCCCAUCCAAGCCUAAUAUGGCGGUGUGGUUACAGCAAAGCAAAACAAGAUCCAGAAGAGGAAAAGAUGCAUUUUCAUAAUGGGCACAUUAAACUGCCAGGAGUAAGAACUUAUAUUGACCCACACACCUAUGAGGAUCCCAAUCAAGCUGUCCAUGAAUUCGCCAAGGAGAUAGAAGCUUCAUGCAUCACCAUUGAAAGAGUUAUCGGAGCGGGUGAAUUUGGUGAAGUUUGUAGUGGACGUUUGAAACUUCCAGGAAAAAGAGAAUUACCUGUGGCAAUUAAAACCCUUAAAGUAGGCUAUACUGAAAAGCAACGCAGAGAUUUCCUGGGUGAAGCAAGUAUCAUGGGGCAGUUUGACCAUCCUAACAUCAUUCACUUAGAAGGUGUUGUGACCAAAAUUACACAUACAGGUAAACCAGUGAUGAUAGUGACAGAGUAUAUGGAAAAUGGCUCUUUAGAUACAUUUUUAAAGAAAAAUGACGGGCAGUUCACUGUGAUCCAGCUGGUUGGUAUGCUGAGAGGCAUUGCUGCAGGAAUGAAGUACCUUUCUGACAUGGGCUAUGUGCAUAGAGACCUUGCUGCCAGAAACAUCUUAAUCAAUAGUAACCUUGUGUGCAAAGUGUCUGACUUUGGGCUUUCCAGGAUACUGGAAGAUGAUCCUGAGGCAGCCUACACCACUAGGGGAGGCAAAAUUCCAAUCAGAUGGACUGCCCCAGAAGCUAUAGCUUUCCGAAAGUUUACCUCUGCCAGUGAUGUCUGGAGCUAUGGGAUCGUGAUGUGGGAGGUUGUGUCUUAUGGAGAGAGACCCUACUGGGAGAUGACCAACCAAGAUGUGAUUAAAGCUGUAGAGGAAGGCUACCGUCUGCCAAGCCCCAUGGACUGUCCUGCUGCUCUCUACCAAUUAAUGCUGGAUUGCUGGCAGAAAGACCGAAAUAGCAGGCCCAAGUUUGAUGAAAUCGUCAAUAUGUUGGACAAGCUGAUCCGUAACCCAAGUAGCUUGAAGACGCUGGUUAAUGCAUCGAGCAGAGUACCUAAUUUGUUGGCAGAACAUGGCUCACUGGGGUCUGGGGCCUACAGAUCAGUAGGUGAAUGGCUAGAAGCAAUCAAAAUGGGCCGAUAUACAGAGAUUUUCAUGGAAAAUGGAUACAGUUCAAUGGACGCUGUGGCUCAGGUGACCUUGGAGGAUUUGAGACGGCUUGGAGUGACUCUUGUUGGUCACCAGAAGAAGAUUAUGAACAGCCUUCAAGAAAUGAAGGUGCAGCUGGUCAACGGGAUGGUGCCAUUGUAA